CCUGCCUCUCAACUCCCUACCAAGCUCAGGACAAUUUCCCCACUUGGUGGGCACAACUCAUGACACUUCUCUGCGGUCUAGAUCUUCUCAAAUUCUUAGACAACACUCAUCCGCAGCCCACUGCCACCACUCCUGCUGCUGAAUGCAUCCGGUGGUUCCGACAAGAUCAACUUCUCCUCCAUGCUAUUCUCACAUCCAUGUCAUCGACUGUCUCUCCAUAUGUUUCUGCCGCACGCUCCUCUCAUGAAGCCUGGUCGACUUUAGAGAGGAUGUUUGCUAGCCAAUCCCGACAGAGGGUCAUCAUUCUCAAAACAAAGCUCAGUCGUGAAACCAUCACCCGGUCUCCGUUUAUCUUCAUGAUCGCGUUGCCGAUUUUGAAGCUGAUCUUGUUGUUGUCCGCGUGCCUCACUUUGUGGCCUCUCCCACCACUGCAUUCUCCUCUGCUCGUGGUCGGCCUCAUUCCCCGAUGCUUUAUCACAACUCCGGCAUCCCUCAUCGUCCCGCCUCCCCUGCUUAUUACGGCUACGACGCUCACUCUCGGCGCCCAGGCAUUCGGCUAAGGACUGUUAUCGUAUGUGUGGUCGUCCGCAUGCACAUUACUCCACUGUCGCCUCCUCUUCUGCUAGUUGGCUCGUCGAUUGGUUGCCACAAAUCACAUGACUCCUGACCUCGACAAUCUCUCCUUGUAUACAGACUACAACGACCCUGAUGAGGUUCUUAUUGGCAAUGGGUCAAGGUCUGCAUAUCACUCAUAUUAGUCACUCCUCUCUGUCUACUUCUGUGACACCCUUAUCUUUUCGUGAUGUGAUAUGUGUUCCUGCUAUCAAAUGCCGGUUAUUGUCUGUUGCUCAAUUGUGUAAAUCUAAUAUGAUGUAUGUGGAAUUCUUUUCUGAUUGUUUUGUUAUGAAGGAUCUAGUCACAGAAGUGCAUCUGUUACGCGGUCGGAUUAGGAGGAUGUCUAUGAGCUGCCGGUCACAACCCAACCUGUUCGACUUGCCUACUGUAAGAAGCAAUCAUCCAGUAUAUGGCACAAUCAACUUGGCCAUCCCUG